UUGAUCAUAAACGUUUUCUUAUUGAAUAUCGAAUAUCGUGUCGAAUAACAUGUCUCUUCCUUGCCCCCCAUAUGAGCGCCCUUGGACCGUUAUAUCCUGUGCUUGGAUACACGUUUAUAAGUAGUAAUAGUUUGCUUCUUCGUUUAUUUACUUUAAAGAUUAGGUAAUGAUAAUAAAUAAUAAUAUUAUCGACAAUAUUUUUCAUAAACUUGAACAGUGUAGAGGUCACUACUAUAAAAAAAAUAGUAGUUUGCUUCAAGAUCAAUAAGAGAAUGAAGUAUAUUAUGCGGUUUAUAGAUAAUAGAUAAUAUUAUCUAUAAACCUUGCAACAUAAAAUUAAGUAAACCUAAAAAUUAAAAUGAUAGCAUAAUCAAAAACCGGCAGUCGUGAGAUAAACCAAAAAACCAAGUAAAUCGUUGUUUGUGUUCCAUCCCUCGUAGUCUUGUACUCUUGUCUACUUAGUAAUUAUUACUUAAUUAUCCGAUCUAACUUCUAAGCAAAUAUAUGAGUAGAACAUCAUCAAUCAGUUUUAAUGGAAUUCAGUAAUUCAGUUCUUGGUUGUUACAUUUCAAAACCUAUUAACUUAAGACAAUUUAAAACUGAAAAUGCUUUUAAAGUUGAUCAAAUUAAAAUGUCAAAGAUCAAUGAUCGUGUAAUAUUUGAAAAAUUAAAAUCAAUUAAUCCAGAUGCUGAUUUAACUAAUUUACCAGAUGAUAUAAAAAAGUGGGAAACAGAAUUACAAAAAUUUAAUUAUCAAGAAGUUUUUGAUUCACCAGAUGUAUUAAGUGCUCGUUAUGUUAUUCCUAUCUACGACACUAUUAGUAGUAAUCUUCAAACACUUAAAAUUAUGAAAAGUGAUUUUUAUCAGACUAAAAAAACAAAAUUAUAUACUCCGCUUCCCAAUUUUACUCCAAGAGGUAAUAUUAUGCCUGGUCAAACUUUAUUAAUUACAAUUUCAUUUUAUUAUCCAUUUCAUUGGACAAAAAAUCAAGUUCCUGAUGAAACUGUUUUUCCGCGCUGUAAAAAAACCCUUCAAUUUUAUGAUACACAAACUCUUCAAGAUUUGAAACAAGGAUUUAAAUGUGAAAAUGAAGAAAGUGAAAUCAGUGGCGAUAUAAGCAGAACCCCUCAUAAACCAUUAGAAUACAUUGUGAACUCAGAUUUGAGAUACGGAUUAUUUUACAUUAACAAUAACAUAUAUGUCGACACAUUACCUGAUAGAAGUACACAUGUUUAUGCUGAAACAAUGAAAAAAUGGGCAUGUGAUAAUGGUCACCCUAUUGAAAAUAUAUUGUCAAUGGAUACACAACUUUUAGACUUGGAAAUAUGCAUUGGCCAACCUUAUGUUUACCAACACUUAGGACGUUGUGAACAUCUAUUUAUUUUUAAUGAAAUCAGUAUUGCUAAAUCUAAUGAUUGUCUUGGCCAAACCAAUUAUCCAAGAGUCAUCAGUGUAGCAAAAGAUAAAUUAAAAAAUUGUAUAUUUUGCUCUAAAAAUGUAGCUAGUGUUGUUAUGGUGAAUGAUGAUGAUAGAACCCCAGUAUCUGUAAAUCAUAUGUGUGAACCUUGUUUUAAAUCGUAUAACUAUGAUCAUUUAGAUGAUAAAAUAUCAAAUUUUCAAGCUUACAGAUGUAUAAAAUGGAAAAAAUAAAUCAAUAACAUAUUAACUUAUAAA